GCGGCUUUCAAUAAUUUGUCAUAUAUACGUAGAAAAAGACUGCGCCCAAUUUAUUAAUUAAUAGAAAGUAACUUAAUAAGAUUGGCCAACUCGUGAUCAGUGUGCAGUGCUUGAGAGUCACGCAAUAACUGCACACACACACAUACACACGUGUAAAUAAGGAGACUACAGUUAUUUGUAAAAAGUGUUUGGCGUCAUUUUAUUGUAGAAAUGGAUUUAACAUCGGGUGCGAAUGGCUCGCGAAACCAGCAGCAGCAGCCUCGCAAAUCCAACCAAAACAUUCAGGUCUAUGUGCGAGUCAGACCUCUAAAUUCGCGGGAACGUUGCAUUCGCUCCGCGGAAGUGGUGGAUGUGAUGCCGCCACGUGAGAUCGUCACCAGACACACCCUCGAAUCGAAGCUAACGAAGAAGUUUACAUUUGAUCGCACCUUUGGACCGGAAUCGCGUCAAUGCGAUGUCUACUCAACGGUUGUGGCGCCCCUCAUCGAGGAAGUGCUCUCCGGCUACAACUGCACGGUGUUCGCCUACGGCCAGACGGGCACGGGCAAAACCCACACGAUGGUGGGCAAUGAGUGUGCCGAACUGAAGUCCUCCUGGGAAGAUGAUUCUGAUAUUGGCAUCAUACCGCGAGCGCUGAGCCAUUUGUUUGAUGAGCUGCGCUUGAUGGAGCUGGAGUACACGAUGCGCAUCUCCUAUCUGGAGCUGUACAACGAGGAGCUGUGCGAUCUGCUCUCCACGGAUGACAACACCAAGAUACGCAUCUUUGAUGACAGCACGAAAAAGGGUUCGGUGAUCAUUCAGGGGCUGGAGGAGAUACCCGUUCACAGCAAAGAUGAUGUGUACAAACUGCUGGAGAAGGGCAAGGAGCGUCGUAAGACGGCCACCACACUGAUGAAUGCACAAUCCUCACGCUCCCACACGGUCUUCUCGAUUGUGGUGCACAUACGUGAGAAUGGCAUCGAUGGCGAGGAAAUGCUCAAGAUUGGCAAACUAAAUCUGGUCGAUUUGGCGGGCAGCGAGAACGUCUCCAAGGCGGGCAAUGAGAAGGGCAUUCGAGUGCGCGAAACGGUCAACAUUAAUCAGAGUCUCUUAACUCUCGGACGUGUGAUAACUGCCCUAGUUGAUCGUGCCCCUCAUGUACCCUAUCGUGAGUCCAAAUUGACGCGGCUGCUUCAGGAGUCGUUGGGUGGACGCACCAAGACAUCGAUUAUAGCCACCAUAUCGCCGGGGCACAAGGAUAUUGAGGAGACUCUGAGUACGCUGGAGUAUGCGCAUCGUGCCAAGAAUAUACAAAACAGGCCGGAGGUCAAUCAGAAGCUAACGAAGAAGACGGUACUCAAGGAGUACACCGAGGAGAUCGAUAAACUGAAACGAGAUCUGAUGGCGGCACGCGACAAGAAUGGCAUCUAUCUCGCCGAGGAAACGUACAAUGAGCUAACCCUCAAGAUGGACUCGCAAAAGCGCGAGUUGAACGAAAAGAUGAUGCUGCUCAAGGCACUAAAGGAUGAGCUGCAGAACAAGGAGAAGAUCUUCAACGAGGUCAGCAUGAAUCUGGUGAAGAAGACCCAAAAGCUAACACGUACCGAACAGCAUCUAACCGACACCAAAGGCACCCUACUGCUCACCAAGAAGGUGCUUAACAAGACCAAGCGACGCUACAAGGAAAAGAAACAGAUCGUAGAAUCUCACGUAAAAACCGAGGAGCAGUUGACCACCCAGGCGCAUCAAAUACUCGAGGCAGCUGACUUGGCUGCCGGUGAUACGUAUCAGUUGCAUGGAUCCAUCGAGCGACGUCGUCAUGUCGACGAGAAGAUUCGCAGCACAUGUGCCCAAUUUACGGAACGCAUGCGUGAUAAUCUGGAGUUGCUCGAUGGCAGCCUCAAUCAGUAUCAGGAACAACAGGCAGGCUCCACCCAACAGCUGACAGAGGAGCUGGCCAAUUGUACCACUGUGCAUCAGCGUCUGGUGGCGAAUGCCAGCAAAAGCAUUGACAACUUGCGUUCCAUUUGCACGGAGGCUUUGACGGCCCAGGGGCAGCUGCAGGCGCAGUUUGCAACAGCUGUGGCGGGUAGUAUGGAUGCACAUUGCCAGGCGCUAGUGGCGCAGCUCUUAGAACACAUGCAGCAGUGGAAGGUGCAUCUGUCCGAAGAGAUCAUGGCUAAUCUGCAGGAGUUACAGGAGAAUAAUCAACGCCACCAGUCAGCGUUGGAUAGCAUGCGUGAUGGCUUCUCGCCGAUCAUUGAGCGCAAUGCCAAGGCGCUGCAGCAGCACGUUGAGCAGGUGCAGCAACAAUUGCAGCAGUUGACAGCGAUGCGGGCACCCGAUGCGGAGCAACUGCAGCAGCUACAGGCUGAGCUGGCCUACGAGGAGGAGUUGGCACAGCAGGAGCAGGCACUGCUGCAGCAACUGGAGCAGCUGCAGCAGCAGCGUGCCAAGAAUACGAUCAGUAUGGGCACACAUGUCGGCCAACUGAAGCGCAGCCAUGCAACGGUCAUCGAGCAGAUCCAGCUAACCGACAACACUAUGCAGGCCUAUGCCAUGGAGGGAUCGGUUACGGCUCAAGCAGCCCGCGAUGAGCUUUGCAACCAGCUGCACACUGCUGUGCUCUGUGUGGAUCAGGGUGUGGCCAAGUGUUCGACGCUGCAGGUGCAGCUCGAGAAUCUCACCAAGGAGAGUGCCAAACAGGCUGAGCUCAGCACGCAAACAGUUCGAAACCAUGAGAUGCAACUGCGUCAGAUGUGCGGCGCCAGCGAGGAGCGUGCCCAACAGUUGCGUCACGAGCAGCAGAAGCAGCUAAUCGCUGCUGGCGAACAGAUCCAUCAGAUCCUCACCGAUGAUGUGCAGCUGGGCAGUGGUCAUGCGGCCAUCACUGCCGAUCUCAUUGCUAAGCUCGCGGAGCAGACGAAGCAGCAUGCCUUGGUGCAGCGACAUCAGUUUCAGACUUGCCAUCAGGAGCUCUCCAAUUUCCAUCAGAGUGAACUGAAAACUUAUGCGCCCACAGGUACAACGCCUUCGAAGCGUGACUUCAUCUAUCCACGCAGCCUGGUCGCCACGUCGCCACAUCAGGAUAUAGUGCGACGCUAUCGACAGGAGCAGGACUGGUCUGAUCUCGACACGACGGCCACCAUUGAUGAGUGCAGCGAGGGUGAACUGGAACCAGACUCGCUGGUCUCCGUGGAGGAGCUGUCGGAGACUGAAACCAUUAUGAAUUCGACGCCCAUUGAGGCCGUCGAAGGUGCUAAUUUUAAGCAACGUGGCUCUAACAAAGCCGCCCCGCCCAUCUCACGCAGUUCUAACACGCUGAAGCCGCAGGUUGUCAAGCAGCGCAGCAGAUCCUUGUCCCGUUCGCUGACGCCCAGUAAAGGAUCGCCAUACAAUUCGCCACGGAAUUCACCGCUCAGUUCACCAGCCUUUAAUAGGCAGCAUAACAAAGAGAAUGUGGCCUGAAUUACAUUUCAUACGGCAUCCCAGUAAUAAAUAUUAUUAUUAAGUCGCUAAUUUGAGCAUUUCUUCUCUAUUUGCUUGUUCCUUUUUAUUAUUAUUUUUAUUUGUAUUUUGUAUUCACAAU